AUGCCCAUCCAGAUAUAUUGCACCAUCUCCUUCUCUUCGAACAAAGAGAAGCACGCCGCGGUCAAGUGUGCGACAGAGAGCAAUGGGGACAAACCCUACUAUGAACAGCAAGAGCCAGAAGCCAUGGAGGAAGCCUAUGAGGAUGGAGAGGUGCCAGAGGAGGAGCAGGAGGAGGAGAAGGAGAAGGAGAAGGAUGAAGACGAAGAAGGAAGCGCUCCAAACCUGGUGGACUUUGCCAACAGCUGCACUUUGCACGGCGUCAACCAUAUCUUCGUAGAAGGCAGCUUUGGCGUGCGCCAGGCCCUCUGGCUGGGUGCGUUCCUGAUCUCCCUCUCCAUCUUCUUGUCCCAGGUAGCUGGGCGGAUUUUCUACUACCUGGAAUAUCAUCACGUGACGCAGCUGGACGAAAUGGAGAGCGCCGAGAUGGUCUUCCCCGCCAUCACGCUCUGCAACAUCAACCGCAUCCGGGGCUCCCAGCUCACCUUCGACGACCUGUCCUAUAUCUCUCCACUCAUGGGCUACGAUGACCCUGGCGCCUACCUGGAAGCUGGCUUCCCGUUGGCCUUGCCUGACCUCGAGGGCCCCGAGGAGCCUCUCAACCUGUACAGCUUUUACGACCGCCAUGGCCACAAACUUGAGGACAUGAUGCUGGCCUGUAAAUACCGCGGUAAAGACUGCGGUCCUGAUGACUUCACCAUGGUGUACACACGCUACGGAAAGUGCUACACAUUCAACUCAGGUCAGCCUGACAAGCCGCCACGCAUCACCAAUAAGGGAGGAACAGGGAACGGCUUGGAGAUCAUGUUGGACAUUCAGCAAGAUGAGUAUCUCCCUGUCUGGGGAGAAACAGAUGAGACCUCAUUUGAAGCUGGGAUUAAGGUGCAGAUACACAGCCAGGAUGAGCCACCCUGCAUUGACCAGCUGGGAUUUGGGGUGGCACCUGGUUUUCAGACGUUUGUCUCCUGCCAGGAACAGCGGCUCAUCUACCUUCCUCCACCUUGGGGUGACUGCAAGUCGGUGACCAUGGAAUCCGAAUUCUACGAUACCUACAGCAUUGCAGCCUGCCGCAUCGACUGUGAGACCCGCUACUUGGUCGAGAACUGCAACUGCCGCAUGGUGCACAUGCCUGGUGAUGCUCCCUACUGCACCCCUGAGCAAUACAAGGAGUGUGCAGACCCCGCUCUUGACUUCUUGGUAGAGAAGGACAAUGACUACUGUGUGUGUGAGAUGCCUUGCAACGUCACCCGCUAUGGCAAGGAGCUCUCCAUGGUCAAGAUUCCCAGCAAGGCAUCAGCCAAGUACCUGGCCAAGAAAUACAACAAGAGCGAGCAGUACAUUGGGGAGAACAUCCUGGUACUGGACAUUUUCUUUGAAGCUCUGAACUAUGAGACCAUUGAACAAAAAAAAGCAUACGAAGUGGCUGGACUUCUGGGUGACAUCGGGGGACAAAUGGGGCUGUUCAUUGGAGCCAGCCUGUUAACUGUGCUGGAGCUAUUUGACUACGCCUACGAAAUUAUCAAGUUCCGCUUCUUUCGCCGCGGCAAAUGCCAGAAGAAACACAAAAGCAACAACAGUGACAAAGGGGUAGCCCUGAGUCUGGACGAUGUGAAACGCCAUAAUCCGUGCGAGAGCAUCCGAGGCCACCCGGCGGGCAUGACGUACGCAGCCAACAUCCUACCUCACCAUCCGGCCCGGGGAACGUUUGAGGACUUUACUUGCUAACUGACCACUGGAUGUACAACUAACACUACCAAAGGGAAGGACCUUCGCUGAGCAGCCCUGGCCCAGCCCACGAACCUGCCAACUGACUCGUCAGGGCCUCUAUCUCAGACUCCCAGGGGGAGGCAAGCUGGAUCCGGCCUCUCCUCAACCCAUCCGCCCCAGGCCAAGGCAGCGAUACGCACACAGAGCAAACUGGACAGAGG